CGGUGCGCAGACGCAUCAGGUGCGCACCAGGAGAGACUCCAAGACGCGCAGCAGCGAGACAAUGCAUGCUUUACAGCGAAGAAAGUACUGUUGUUUGGAGGUGUUACUAAUGUGAGGCGUAAGAAAAAGUAAAGGGAUAUAGCGAAAUCUUGAGUAAGAUGCAAGAAAGACAUGUGUGUUGAGGAGCGCGCAUGGAGACGCACCGGACAACAAACCUUUUCCCCUAAAACCUCUGCACAGACCUCAUUGAGAUCAUUUUCAAGUUAAUAUAUAGGAGGAAGAAUACAUCAUGAACGACUCGGAGUCUGUGUGGCUCUUGGAGGAGCAGUGGAACCGCAGCAGAGCGGAUGAAGAAGGGGAGAAACUUUUCGGCAUCGGCGCGGAUAAUUUCAUAACGCUGCUGGUGUUUGGACUCAUCUUUAUGCUCGGUGUGCUGGGCAACUCCAUGGUGAUCACCGUGCUGGCCCGGAGCAAACCGGGGAAGCCACGGAGCACCACCAACAUCUUCAUCCUCAACCUGAGCAUCGCAGACCUGUCCUAUCUGCUCUUCUGCAUCCCUUUCCAGUCCGUCGUCUACAUGAUGCAGACCUGGGUCCUGGGCGCAUUCAUUUGCAAAUUCAGCCACUAUGUUUUCACCGUGUCCAUGCUGGUGAGCAUCUUCACCCUGUCUGCCAUGUCCGUGGACCGAUACAUUGCCAUUGUGCACUCCAGGAAGUCCUCCUCUAUCCGUGUGGCGAGGCACGCGCUGAUCGGGGUGAUGGUGAUUUGGAUACUCUCCCUGGUCAUGGCUGCGCCCGUCAUGUACUACCAGAACAUUUUCCGCAUGGGAGAUAAUCAAACCUACUGCUGGGAAGGGUGGCCAAAUCAAACUCUGAAGAAAGUCUAUGUGGUGUGCACGUUUAUUUUUGGUUAUGUGUUGCCUCUGCUGCUGAUUUCCUUCUGUUAUGCAAAGGUUUUAAAUCACUUGCACAAAAAACUGAGAAAUAUGUCCAAAAAGUCAGAGGCAUCAAAGAAAAAGGAGCUGUCAAAGACGCUACAGUGUGUUCUAGCAGCUGUCACCAAUGUCAAGCAGUCCUAA